UUCCUCUAGUUUACACGGAAUUCAGGAGUCUAGUCUCUGCUCUUUUCAACAUGAGGACAGCACAGUACAUUGCCCUCUUCAUGUUCCUGACUCUGCUCUGCCCAAUCCAGGUGCAGACUGCUCCUGUGCCUGAGGAUUGGACGGGCCUGAUCACCCGAGCCAAGCGCUCUCUCCUUUGGCGAUGGAAUACUCUGAAGCCCGUUGGCACAAGCUGCAGAGAGCACGACGAGUGCGGGACCAAAUACUGCAGGAAAAAGAUCUGUUCGUUCCAGGUUUUUAUAUCUUGAAUUGAAAUAUAUAACUCUGGACACGGCCAGAACAAUCAAUGGAGAAGCAACAAUCAAUGGAGCCUGUCAAUGGAAUGCCUAACUGUACAAACUGAUGUCACAGGAUUUUAAUUGGCUUGCCAAAUAUUUGGUAAAAACAGCUCGAUAACCACUAUCUAACUGAUAAAAAAAAUAAAAAAAAGUACCAGGUACAGUAAGUAAGCUGUAAAUGUUGUAAAGUUACGUGAACCCUGUGUCAGUAUGUCCAAUCAGAUAAUAGCAUUCCCAUUGGAGAUACUUCAUCUAUCCAAUCAACAAAAUGUUUUAAAACAAAAUACAGACGAUGCACUCAACCAACAUGAAGCAGUUUAUUGACGAGAAGAAAAAGUUUGUGGAAGAUAUGUUUAAAACUGUGACAAUGCCAUGGAGCCAUUAUUUAUUUGUACAUUAUUUAUUUGUACACACACACACACAAUGUAAAUAAUGUUAAAAUAUAUUAUUGAAUUUUUUUGUGACAUGGUAGUGAAAGUAUUUUAUUGUUUCUUACAACAACAACAACAAAACCCAUGCAGGUUCUCGCUCUCUCAUAGAGCAAAAAUAAUAAUACACAUGUCCAAUAACAUUUAUAACUCAUACUAGUUCAGAUGAAGGACAGAAAAAUGAAUAUGAAAAAAGUAGUCUGCAACUAUGCAUACCAGUGAUCGGAACAUAGAGUUGUGAACAUUACUUGGGAUGCUCCACAGAUGGUCAUACUAUCAACAAACUACCUGUUGAUAUACCAUCUGUUGAUAAGCAACUGCUUGCUAAGGUUAUAACUGCUUGCUAAGGUUAGUGUUAACUAACUAGGUUUAGACUAAGAGUUUAGGGUAAGGGUUACGUUUAGGGUUAGGAUACAGUUUAGGGUAAGGGUUACGUUUAGGGUUAGGAUAAAGUUUAGGGUUAGUAGAUUGCUAGUUGAAUGUUACCGAUACUCUUUUAUAAAGUUAAAAUAGACAAGAAUACACAUUCCUGUCCGCUGUGAAACUGGUUCAUCACAAAAAUAAAGAAAUUGGAAACAACGUUUUCAAAUGCAGAUUCCGGAAGCAGGAAUAUCAGCAUAUGUUUUGCCACUUGUCUCAGUGAUCACAAGCCCAGGCAGCUGAACAUUGUUGUCAUGCAAAUAUCCAGUAUUUUCUCAUGCGUCUACACUCUUACUUAGUACUGUUUUGACACGGUAUCAAUUAGCAAUGAUAUAUUUAACAGUGGAUUCCAAUGCCUGCUGACUAAAUACAUGUCCUAAUGUAUGUAGAUUCACUGAUCUGUUUGAUAAAAUGUUGAUAACAUCCCUCUAUACGUAUGUAGGUAUGUAGUUAUAAUCAGAAGUGGGGAAAAUUCCAUUUCAAUUCAGUCAACCCAGAUUUUUUAUAUAUAUAUAUAUUUUUAAAGUUAACCACCUGAAUUUAAAUGGAAUUGACCCCUACCCUGUAGCUCUUAUUUCACACAAACCAGACAGAUAAUACCUCAUAGGCCGACCAGACAGAUCAUUCCUCAUAGGCCGACCAGACAGCUCAUUCCUCAUAGGCCGACCAGACAGAUCAUUCCUCAUAGGCCGACCAGACAGAUCAUUCCUCUUAGGCCGACCAGACAGAUCAUUCCUCUUAGGCCGACCAGACAGAUCAUUCCUCAUAGGCCGACCAGACAGAUCAUUCCUCUUAGGCCGACCAGACAGAUCAUUCCUCAUAGGCCGACCAGAAAGAUCAUUCCUCAUAGGCCGACAAGCAGUAUAAAAACAUAUAUAAAAGUGACAAUGUCACCGGGGUGUGUAAUAGAAG